UAUUAUUUAAACUAACCCCGCCCAUUUUAUCACCCUCGUUUAAAGCAAACUGCCAUCUAUCGACUUCAAUUUCUACUGUUUUCCACGCACGUGACGUCAUCAGAGCGCAUGCGCAGUAGAGUGUCUGCCCAGCGCUUCCUAAACACAAACGGAUUCAAACUCUUGCGGAUGCUGAUUGACAGCUGUCAGAUGCUGAUGACCUCAUGGCAUCGUCCUCUGAGGUGAACGUACACAUGGAGGAGGUGGUGGUGGUUACGACCCCAGACACCACAGGUCAGACUUCAUCCAGCGAUGAGGAGAAGAAUAUACUGGUGGCUACAGACCUGGAACAGUCUGGGGAAAACAUUAUGGAGCAAUCCAUGGAGUCUGAGGCCGAGGCUGAGUCGAGCACCACUAUCUCUCUGCCCAAGGACACUGUGUUGGUGAAAAUAUCUGACGAUACAGAUGUAGAGGGUGAUAUUCUCUACCCAAUAACCUGUGGGGACAGCAAAGCUAACCUUGUGUGGAAGAAGUUUGUGUGUCCCGGGAUCAACAUCAAAUGUGUGCAGCUGAACGAACAUCUCAUCAGUCCGAAGGAGUUUGUGUACAUAGCGGGAAAGUCUACGCUGAAGGACUGGAAGAGAGCCAUUCGCCUCAAUGGAACCAUGUUGAGGAAGAUCAUGGAUUCAGGUGAGCUGGACUUUUAUCAGCACUCCAGACUGUGUUCAAACACCUGCCGCAGUACCAAGAUUGACCUGGUGGGGUCACGGGUGUCUCUCAGCAGCCAGCAGUCCACGGAAACGGCUCCUGCAACCCCCGCCUCUGUGGACGGUACGAACACACAUGCGCAGACUUUCACAUACAUGAAUGGAUCUGCAGCUUCGUUUUCCACUGAUGGUGACGACAGCACCGAAUGGGUCACAGCUAUAGGAGAGGACACCAUGAUGUUCUGGAGAGGACUGAGGGAUGCUGGGCUGUUGGAGGAAGUCAUGGAGGACCUGGAGAGACAGAUCCAGGAGAUUCUCAAGGGCCUGGAGGAGCGAAUCCAAGACCCACCACUGCAGGUCAAAGAUGCUGCUCUGCUCAAUAAUAUAGUCCAGAACUUUGGGAUGUUGGACCUGGUGAAGAAAGUUCUUUCCAGUCACAAAAGCCAGAUGGACCGCUGUAGGGAGCAGUACACGCGCAGCUUAGUGGCCCUGGAGCAACAGUGUGACGAGCAUCGCAAACGUGCCAAAGAACUGAAGAGCAAAUCGCAGCACCUCAACAACGUCCUGAUGACCUUGACCCCCGUGACCUCGCCUCCCACCGCCAAGCGCCCUCGUCUGACCCGUGCCGUUUCGGGCCCUGCCACUGUGGCCGCAACACCCGCCCAGUCCACGCACUUCACCCUGCCCAUCACCCAGCUCACCGGCAUCCCGCUGGACAAAGUCCUGUCGGCUCAGACUCAGUCUCCACUGAUCGGCGGAUACACAGUGCUCACGUCACCGGGGGGGACCGAACUCCAUCCUGAAGGCUCUAAUCUGACCGUGCUGAGCACUGGUGGCGUUCCACAGGGGUCCUCGGGACCCACGUUCGUCAAAGUGGUCAGUCCGUUUCAGCUGGUCACGUUGCCCACAGUGGGAGCUGGAGCCACGUUGCAGAACCUGGCAGCACCAGCUGCGGGCAACACUGUAGUUGCGGUGCCCGUAAGCACGGUUAGUGCUGUCAGUAGCAUAAACACUGCCGUCGUUGAGACCGUUGGGCCACAAGCAGAAGCGGCUACAGAACAGAGAGAUGACCAGAAGGAGUGAAACUCUCCUGAAACCCAGGAAAUAGUUGCGUAACGUCAGUGUAUCAUAUACUUUGUAUUUGGAGGAUGAACUUUUUUGCAGUUUUAUGAGGAAUUUGCAACUUUUUUGCAAAACGGCCAUGGUUUGGUGAUGAAAGUCUUUUGUUGUUAUUGCAUUUGAUUUAAUUGUAAUCUGAUUACAAUGUGGUGAAAUACAGUUUAAGGACAUUUUAUACAAAACAUAAGGCACAUUUUGUCCUUAAAAUUUUGUGAUUGACCAGUGUGUAUAAUUUGUAGUUAUAAUGUGUUUUGGAUGUAACGCUCACUUCCUUAUUUAUACUGUUCACAUCAUUUUUCCAUAUUGAUGUCUUCCAUAUUAAGUACUUCAUUACAAUGGUAUCUGUACUUGACCCGUCAUUGAUUACUUAAAAUUGAUCAACUCAGACCAUCUUGUCUUUCAUAAUAAAUAUACAUUGUACAAUACAGCAAA